AUGGCUACUCCAGACCUCCAUAUCAGUUUACUACGCCCUCCUGUCAUUCAGAUCCUCCGCGCGGCGGGAUUCCAUUCCACCCGACCGGCUGUGGUCGAUACCCUCACCGACAUGGCCAGUCGGUACCUCCUUCUCCUUGCUUCGUCUACCGCUCAGCAUGCUGCCAACAGUCACGCAGUGUGCCCCAUACCGACUCUUGACGAUACACUUAUGGCAUUACAGGAUGUCGGUGCCUUAAGACCCCAGAUAAGCAGGUUAGAGGAAGAUCGCUGCGGCGAAGAGGACAUGAGAGCUCUUGAAGCCUUUCUAUCUUGGUUUAGUGGACCCGUGAAUACAGAAAUUAGACGAGUGUGUGGGUUCAUUGCUGGUGAGGGAGAGGUUGUUGAUGAAGACUCACUAGAAAAAGAAGAUUAUCUAAGUGCGUUGAAAAAGAAGCACAGCAAGACUGGCGAGGAAUCGAGGUUCCAAGGGACUGUCCUUGGAAAAGAUGCAGAGGAACGUCCAAUCACCAUUGAGGGGGGCGUAGAAUCAAUAAAAGCCUGGAGGAUGCAAAUUAAAUCUAGAGAACAAAGCUCCGAACCUUCUUCCGUGAUUAGCAGCCUCUCAAGCAACAUAUCAGACCCGGACGCCAUGGAAAUAUGA